AUGGAUUUGGGAUCAGGAUAUGAAUUACUCUCCAAGGCCAGAGGCUUGGAGAAAAACUACCAAUACAUUCGCGUCAAGUUCAAAACUGAGCAAUGUCGAUUACUCGAUUGGGCCAAUGUUGUUGAACUUUCUGAAGAUGAUUCGACAUUCAACAUCAGCCACGGGUCAAAGAACGUCAUACUACAGAUUCUUGAUGAGCAAUAUCGAUUGAUGUUCAGAUUCGGCAGACUUGACGACCGUCUACGGCCUCUGUCGCAACCCUUCCUACACGAGGACACUAGUACACACCCUAUUGAGGACGAAACGUCAAUUGCUGUCGACACAGAGAAAAUAGAGACGUUGCAGGCCCGUUUUCCCGACGAAGGCCUCCUGCUUGAAAAGUCGCUCAAAUUCUUUGAAAAGACUUCCAAGUAUCCUGCAAGGUUGAGAUGGGCGAUCUCGGACAAGGCAAAGAUUGAAGAAAUCCUGGAGAAACUCACACGUUUGAACGACUACUUGACAGAGUUUCUCAACAACCAGCAGCUUCAGGCACUCAGCGCUCAACAAACACAAACCGAUUAUCGGAUCAUGAAUCUCAAUGACAAGAUUGACGACCUAUGUGAGAUCGUCAAGGCCGGUCUGCUUUUAUCUGGCCCUACCCAUAAAACCGCACGAGAGCAACUCUAUUUUCCGCCCCCUGAAGAUCAAAACUACUGA